GGAGCAUCGCUUUCUGUACCGGGGCAACAGUUGCUAUUAUAGAUAUUGUUUUUCCUAAUAAAUUUUCAACGAUUUUGGAAGUGGAUUAUGACACCCCCUACCGAUAUUUUGUGGAACAGGGUAAUAGUUCUACAACAGUACAAAAACGUAAUGACCAUCAGACGAAUGGUAAUGGUCCCGUUCUUCAAGAUGACCUUAAUGCCCCUGGCAGCAGCAAAGAAGGCAUUGACAACGUCGCUUAUGAGAAUGACGACAGUGACGGCAGUACGAUAAUCAACGGAAAACGAGCCAUAAGUCUUCACCAUUUUGGGAAAUAUGCCGAGCGGGAAGCGACGAAGAGGAAGGCUUUUUCAGCUAUCAGCCGAAACUUGAACAGUGACACAGACAGACCUAGCGGAACUACCGAAGAUCGUAAUACCGACUUGGAGGCGGCAGCAAUGUGGUGACGUCACCUUGUGGCUACAUCAGUGCACCUGAAGUGCAAAUAAUAGUAACUAUAGUGACAAGUUUUAGUCACGUUAAGACGGUUCCAAAGGUCAUAAUUGAAUUAUGAUAACAAUUUGUAAUGUUGGCGUACCAAAAGCUUUUCCAGCUGUGUAGUCUUUCAAAAUGGACUUUUUUUUUAUUCAGGACAUUAAAAAUAUAAUGUCAAAGACUGCCAUAAGAUGGCUUUUAACUGAUGCCGUCAAGUUGAGAAUUAAAAGUAUAUGUAUAUUUGUAAUAUUAAUAGCUUAACUUGUACAAGUGUAUAGUAACGUUUUACAUUGAUUUUUUUUAAUAAUCGAGGUGAAAGGGUUCUUCUUCACAGAGGGCGCUAAAACCAGUAGCAACUGGAGUGAAUAAAGAAACGAAAAGUUUGGUUUACCCUUUUAGCCAAAUGAAAAAAUAAAUAAAUCAGUUUCUCGUUCUUUCAUAAAAUACCCUUCUUAUGUUUCCUAGCAAUAGAUACCAUUAUACAGGAUGCCCCAAAAUAAUAUUAACCACUUACCAAUAUGUGCAUGGUCAACAGUUUACAACGGUUCACAGGCUUAAUAAUUUUAU